GGAAAUUUGUCAGACUUCCUCGAAAACCAUGGCGUCGAUUUCGAUACCAGAAGAGCUCUCUGUCUGGACGUUGGAAUGGGUCUGCAGAAAUUGCAUCAGUGCGACGUCAUUCACGGCGACAUGAAGCUGGAAAAUGUCCUUGUUUCCCGGCAUCCCACACGAAAGUACGUCGCCAAAAUUGCGGAUUUCGGCUUCACUAUCUUCGACCUUGAAGGCAACUUACCGACUACCAAGAGGCUUGGGUACUCUGAGCCAUGGGAGGCACCUGAAUCUGCCAGCACUCUUGCGUUUCGAGAUCGACAGUCAACAGACACCUACAGCUAUGGAUUCCUGAUUUGGAAGUGCCUCUCGUACGGCCAUCAUCCAUUUGACGAAGCAGGAGGGGCGAUUUCUAAUCAGAGUCUCGAAACCAUCAAGAAGCUCAAAGCUACAGAUGGGGUCCCGGAGUAUGCUGUAAGAGCUCUCAAAGGCGUUUUGGAUAAUUCCUUGCUCUCUGCCUCUAGACAAGCCUUCCAGCAUACAGUAAGGCUCUCUCAUGCUAGGCGAAGCCUUGACAGCGCCGUGAAGUCUCUAAUGUAA